AUGGAUCCACUCUAUUCGGGACUUGGAAAUGCCUCCACCGGUAUCCUAUGGCCAAAUCUUCUCAAGAAGAAAUUGUCUAAUGAAACCGAGGUUCAACUAUACGACUAUGCGUACAACGGUGCACACGCAAACGGGAAACUUACGAAUUUUGGGCAGCGUAUCCCCGAUACUCGCACACAGAUGAAGAACUACAUCUCAGAUCUACAAUCUGGCAAAGUUGACCAUAAGAGUCAGGAAGCUCUCCACGUGUUAUGGAUCGGUAUCAACCCGCUGGAUGCGAUCUGGAUCGAUGCUUGUAGCCCAGAUCGUAAUAACGGGACAGGUGCUCAAUAUCCUAGUGAUCCACCCUUUUUGAUAGCUACUGAAAGGAUACAGAGACAGGUGGAAGAAGUGCACUAUCAAAUUGUACAACUUCGUAAUGAUACCCUUACAGACAAGUUUCCUUCUAGCUUUUUGAUCGUCACCGUACCCAACAUCUCCAUUGCUCCAUUACAGCGCGAGCUCGCGCAGGGUUGGGGAAAAGGAGAUACGGAGAAAGAAACCAAUGUUUUAGCAUUGCUAAGACUACUCAUCGAACAAUACAACAAUGGUCUUAUCUCUAUAUUCUCACAAAUUCGAACCACUCAUGAUGUAACCAGUCGAUUUGUGAAGCAUGGGAUUGAAAAUAUAUCUGGUAGAUGUUACGAUAAUAACACUCCAUGCGCGGAUAUUGACAAAUAUUUCUUCUGGGAUUACCUUCAUCCAACACCAAUAGUUGAAAAAAUCCUGGCUCAAGACAUGUAUGAAUUCAUUACAAACCCAUACUACCAAUAUUAUGCCGAGCGUCGAGGGUCAAUGAUUGAUCUGCCUCUAAGAUCUAAUAUCUCAAAUCAAAUCAUAAUCGAUUGA